UGCACGCGCCAUUUUUACGAAUUUGAACAAAGGCGAGAAGCUGCGUCGGCUCUCCCGCAGUCCGCACAGAAAAACCAUGAGUUCCGCCGACAAGCAAGCCGACGUCGCGACGCAGCAGGCCGACGAAGUCAUCUCGGCCAAGGAGAAGGGUGCUGGUGACGCAAAGACGGAGAAGUCACCGCAGAAACGGUCUUCGGCCGAGGUGACUGAAGAUGAUGACGUGAAGAAGAAGGUUCAGAAGACUGACCACAAAGACAAGAAGGAGAAUGGCGAAUCGGAUGACAAGUAUGAGGAGGGCGCCGGUGACGACGAUGGAGGCGAUGAUGAUGAUGACGAAGCCGUUCCCGAUGGAGAGGACUACGACGACGAAGGGGAUGACCCCGAGGGAGACGACGAUCCCGAGGACGAUGAUGAGGAUGACGCGUAAAGUGGCUAGUGGGGACCGACGACGACACGCUGCUGCUGCGCGCCUUCCCUCUCCUCGCCACUCCCUCCCCCUUUCCUUCCGUCCGCGCUCUCUCCAAGAAAAGCUAGGGGAAAACUGCAGUCCCUUCAGCCGCUGCAAGUAAUGAUGAAGUCACCGCUGCCUCCAUCCCCGUGUCUUCUAGCCAGCAGUCGUCGGUUUUCUUCGUCGGCCACAUCUGCGCCAGUUGGGUUGACAGCUCGACGGAACACCCGCCCGCUGGUGAAUGACAUUCGUCGCUGCCUCUCUCUCCUGCCGCUGUGUGUGGCUGGGCGUGCGUGGUUUCUUUUUUUGUGUGUAUGUGUGUGUGCGCCUUCUGCUGCAGCAGCAUCUUCAUCCUUGCGCCAGCUGGAGGGACUGAUCUUUCCUCUUAUCCCACCCCUUCCCCUCCCAGUCUCUCUUCCCUUGCCUCCCAUCUCGCCUCGUUCCCCUCUUUCUUUGAGCGGUCUCUUUGUUUUUAUAUUGUAUUGAGUUUUUCUCUUCGUUUGUCUCUCAUCAAGAACUCAUCAGUCACACACCUCCGCCGUUUUGUUCAUGGUUUCUUUUCCUUUUUUUUUUUUUUGGCUCUCCAAGGAAGACAAAAACAUUUGGGCAUCGUUGCAUGUGCGUAUGGGACAAAGUAGACUGGUUGCCAAGGUUUUUCCCUGUUGUAUUUUGUCUCUCACACUUUUGAUUGGUUUACGAACUUCUUUUUGUUGGGCUGCCUUGUAUGACGAAAGUGUUCUCACUGGAGCAUUGUACUUUAUUUUUUUUAUUUUAAUUAGCACUUGCAUCCUCUUGAAAAAGGGACUGUCAAUUUUUGUUUUAGUGGUUGCAGCAUGUCUCUUCUUCCUAUACAUCUUGUGCCGAACAUCCAGAGUUUCUUUUCAACCUCAUUCUGUCACUCGCAUCACAUACAUCAUGGCAAAAGGAAAUUGCAAGGAGCCAUUGUGCAAACUUUUGAAGUCUGGCACUUCCAUGUUUUUGUUUACGCAAAGUGCAGCUUGUAAAGCAUUGCUUUUGUUUUGAACCAUUGUAUCACUGUUUUGUUUCAUCUCUGCAAAUAUGGUCUGUCAUGUUGUAAAAUGUUUCGGCGACUGUGUAAUAGACCAUCAUUGUUUUUCACAAGCGAAAAAAAAAAACUGUGGCUCUCAAGAAAAGCCAGGGUCGAAGCAGGUCAUUGCUGAAUGUGUGUACCACGAGUUAUAAAUUAAUUUGAAGUCACAACUAGUGCGUGGUUGUUCAAGGUGCUGGGUGUUCUUCUUUUGCCUGGCUGCUGGCAUGUGGGGCAUCUGGUGUUGAGUGCCGGGCGACUGUUGCGACGUUUAUGUACUGUGUUCAAACAUGCUUGGCUAGAAUGUGGUGUGCAGACGGCAUGCGCGCAUUUCCUUGCAUCAUUGGUAGUUUCUUUCAUCGAAGCAAGCAACCAAGAAAAAAACUUUGGAUUUCCUCUAUCCCGGUUACUCACCUUCUUUUCCGACAUACAUUAACGGCAUGCACUCUCAAUGCAACCACAACUGUUUAUAUUUUUCUUUGUCGGUGGGAAAUGCGAAAAGAAACCACAUUGGAUCAGCCAAUAAACUGUCAUUCGAUUUUGCAUCAUCACCAAACAAUGGCCACGAGUGUACGUUUACUUUUGGUUCUGUUUCUUUGGCGUGUGUGUGUAUGUGUGUGCGAGUUCUUUGUCACCUGGGGGAUGGAAAUGCCAGCCUGUUUAGUUUUGAAUGUUCUGAAGCUAUGGUGGUGUAGAGCCAGCAUUGUUCGAACAAGUCGGUAUUGUGUGUUCAUUUAGCUGGCAGCCCCCCCCCCGGCCUUGGACCCAAAAGUCUUGCCGUCGUCGGUGGCGAAUUUGGCUAGGGAAAUUUGCGACAAAGCCCAAUUUUUACAUUUUUGCCAAGCUGAAAGAAUGCCGUUGACCUCAAGAGGGUUUCAGUGCCACCAGUGUAUGGCCUUCGGGAGCUUUCCAGGUCCACAAAAUACGUUGCUAUCAAUUAUUUUUUUUUUUUUGAAGGCCCUUUAAAACACGAUUGCAAGCUUUCAUUGUAAAGCCUGUUACAUGUUGUGAGUGAAUAGUGCUUAGUACAUGAGUGGUAAAAUCGGACUUUCUAACCAGCCGUUCAUGCCCAUGUUCAUGUAGGAUUAGGGCUGCAGUUAAAUAUUUGCAUGAGCCUGCCUUGGCUCCAGCAAUAGACCCUGUCUUGUGCGCUUUCUGAGGUGAAUCGGGUAAUUGGGGGAGCAUGGCAUGACUUCCCUCGUGUCAUUGUGUUUGGCACGAAAAGGUUCCUCCCUCUUCGUGGUAUCAUUUCCAUCCCCUUCAAUUCUCUGGAUGACAAUGCACAUUUCAUUGGACUUUUUUUUCUGUGAACGGAAAGUACUUUCACACUGUAGAUACGUGAUGAAAAAAAAACUACGAUAACAAUC